UUUAAAAACAAACUUAGUCAGUAUUAAGAAUUUACAAAUAAAACAACCAUAGUAAUAAUGGAAAAUAAUGAGUUUUUACAAAAUAAUGCAAGUGUUGAAAUUGAACCGAAACAAAAUUUUCAUUUUCGCUAUGAAAGUGAAAUUAAUCAGGGCAACACUCAUGGUAUUUUGAACGGUCAAAAUGAAGAUUAUCCAAAACUUAAACUACUUUUGCCGGAAAAUGCUGCUAAAGAUGAGUGGGGUAAUGAACGUGAUAUUUAUGUACUCUGUUCAUUGCAUUGUUAUGCCAAUAAUAAACCACUUUCGCCGCAUCUUCUAAUGAUAAAGGGCAAAAAAGCCGUUAAUUAUAAAUUUAUAUUCGAAAAAAUGGAAACAUCUGAACACAAUGCUGCGGAGCGAUUUUGGAAAUUAAAAGAAUAUGUUAUAGUACGUUUACAAAACAAACAAUAUAAACAAUCUUUAGAAAAUAAACAACGGGAAUUUGGACAAUUGGGUUUACCAUUAAAUUUCGAACGCCUAUUAGGAACGUUAACGUUAAACGAUUAUCGUAGUGUAAAAGAUAGUGGAAAUUUAAAUGUCUGUCUGGGCUUUACGAUCUUCGAAAGAGACUUUUACGAAAACACCUAUUCUCUAUACAGGGAUCCAAUAUAUUCGUGCAACAUUUAUCAUGGUGAUGAUUUAAAAAUCAAAAAAUUAUGCAACAUCAAAGGCAGUAUACGUGGCGGUACUGAAAUAACAAUUUUAAUCAGAUUGGAAUCAAAUUUGCCACUUAAUGUUUCGAUCAAAAAAAUCAAUGAAGAAACCAAAGAAACCGAAUGGUUUACAGAAGUGCAAAUUCCGGAGAAAAACAUAUUUCAAAAUGCAGCCAUUACAUUUAAUUUACCAAGGUACGAUGGACCUCGUACAGAUGAUGAAGUAGAAAUUGAAGUUAAUAUAUGUGUUGUGGUUCGAGAUACCACUUACAAAAGUGAUAAUGCUAAGUUUUAUUACAUAAAUGAAAACUCAUAUAAACGUUCAAUAGAUGCAGUUGAAUGUGAUGUUCUUCAAUUAGCAGAAAAGAAAGGAAAGAGGAUAAAGAGUAACUAUGUAUCACGUGAUAGCGCCGAUUUGCCACCAGUUUUACCUCUUUCCGGGGAAAGUGUGAGUGACAAAAUGAUAUCUCUAAUUGAUUCUACAUUCAAUAAUGCAAAGGAUGAUACUUAUUAUACAAAUAUAGAUUCCUUCCUCUAUACAAAGGCUAAUGAAACCAAAAAGCAAAAUCUAAUUAUCGAUUUCCGUAAUAAAGAUCAGGAAAAUCUCUUACACUGGGCUUGUAAAAUGGACCACAGCAAAAGCAUACGUCCCCUUAUUGGACUGGGAUGUCACAUCAACGAGCAAGAUAUCUGGGGCAGAACACCAUUACAUGUUGCUCUAACUGCCCGACAUGACGCUUGCAUUUCGGAAAUUCAAUUGAUAUUUAAAAACUAUUUACAAUAUUCGGAGAAUGUAAAAGCGGAUUUGGUAAAAAUGUUGAAAACCUACAAUCAUAACGGCUACACAGUGUUACAUGAAGCUGUGCUUAACCGUUAUUACGAAUUAUUCGAAAUUAUGCUGAUAUUUAUGCAGGAACAUAAAUUAAAUAUUUUGGAUUAUGAAGUAUUGGGCAGUGGUGAUUCUAUUGCCCAUUUAGCGGCUAAGAAUAAUACACUAAUGGAUAUUGACUCUAUAAUCAUGAAAUAUAUACCAAAUUAUAUGUCGGUUAAAAAUUAUGCUGGCCUAAUGGCAAAGGAUUUAAAUGAAAUGUUUUCUGAAAAAUUGUCUAUAUAAUUGCAUUAAAUUCGGAUUUCUUAUCUUUACAGUUUACUUUAACAAUUUAGAAAGUAAUUAUUUAUAUUUUCUUAUAUUUCAUAUGAUUUUUAGUUUCAUUCCAAUAUCUAUAAAUCACUUUACAGUUACUUAAAAAAAAUCUUACCGUCUUCCAAAUUGUUUCCGCAACAACACCUUUACUAUCUACAACGAAAAAGAACAGAGAAAAAU